CGGCCAAUAAACGCCGACCUGUCGCCUCCGUGUUACUGGGUAGAACAAAACAAAAACAGAGCAAAACUGGCCAGAGACGCUUCGAGGCGGCUGCAGGGGCUGAGGUGCUGCGUCGGGGCCGGCGGACCAGGGACGUGGACAAGCGGCGGCGGCGGCCCAAGGGAAAUACAUCCCAGAGGAAGAGUUCCAUUUGGUUAUUUAAUCAGUGCGAGUGAAAUUAAGGAACGAUGGAUGUAGAAAACGAGCAGAUACUGAAUGUAAACCCUACAGAGCCUGAUAAUUUAAGUGACUCUCUCUUUUCUGGUGAUGAAGAAAAUGCUGGGACUGAGGAAAUAAAGAAUGAGAUAAAUGGAAAUUGGAUUUCGGCAUCCUCCAUUAAUGAAGCUAGAAUUAAUGCCAAGGCGAAAAGGCGGCUACGGAAAAACUCGUCCCGGGACUCUGGCAGAGGCGAUUCCGUCAGUGAUAACGGAAGUGAAGGCCUUAGAAGUGGAGUAACUGUACCAACCAGUCCAAAGGGAAGGUUGCUAGAUAGGCGAUCCAGAUCUGGGAAAGGAAGGGGACUACCAAAGAAAGGUGGUGCUGGAGGCAAAGGUGUCUGGGGUACACCUGGACAGGUAUAUGAUGUGGAGGAGGUGGAUGUGAAAGAUCCUAACUAUGAUGAUGACCAGGAAAACUGUGUUUAUGAAACUGUAGUUUUGCCUUUGGAUGAAACGGCAUUUGAGAAGACUUUAACACCAAUCAUACAGGAAUAUUUUGAGCAUGGAGAUACUAAUGAAGUUGCGGAAAUGCUAAGAGAUUUAAAUCUUGGCGAAAUGAAAAGUGGAGUACCAGUGUUGGCAGUGUCAUUGGCGUUGGAGGGAAAAGCUAGUCAUAGAGAAAUGACAUCUAAGCUUCUUUCUGACCUUUGUGGGACAGUAAUGAGCACAAAUGAUGUAGAAAAAUCAUUUGAUAAAUUGUUGAAAGAUCUACCUGAAUUAGCAUUGGAUACUCCUAGAGCACCACAGUUGGUGGGCCAGUUUAUUGCUAGAGCUGUUGGAGAUGGAAUUUUAUGUAAUACCUAUAUUGAUAGUUACAAAGGAACUGUAGAUUGUGUACAGGCUAGAGCUGCUCUGGACAAGGCUACCGUGCUUCUGAGUAUGUCUAAAGGUGGAAAGCGCAAGGACAGUGUUUGGGGCUCUGGAGGUGGGCAGCAGUCUCUUAACCACCUUGUUAAAGAGAUUGAUAUGCUGCUGAAAGAGUAUUUACUCUCUGGAGACAUAUCUGAAGCUGAACAUUGCCUUAAGGAACUGGAAGUACCUCAUUUUCACCAUGAGCUUGUAUAUGAAGCCAUUGUAAUGGUUUUAGAGUCAACUGGAGAAAGUACAUUUAAGAUGAUUUUGGACUUAUUAAAAUCUCUUUGGAAAUCUUCUACCAUUACUCUAGACCAAAUGAAAAGAGGUUAUGAGAGAAUUUACAAUGAAAUUCCAGACAUUAAUCUGGAUGUCCCACAUUCAUACUCUGUGCUUGAGCGAUUUGUAGAAGAAUGUUUUCAGGCUGGAAUAAUUUCCAGACAACUCAGAGAUCUUUGUCCCUCAAGGGGCAGAAAACGUUUUGUAAGUGAAGGAGAUGGAGGUCGUCUUAAACCAGAGAGCUACUGAAUAUAAGAACUCUUGCAGUCUUAGAUGUUAUAAAAAAUAUAUAUAUCUGAAUUGUAAGAGUUGUUAGCACAGGUUUUUGGUUUUUUUUUUUAGCACUUGUUUUGGGUACAAGGCAUUUCUGAAAUUUUGUAAACUUACAUUUAAGGGAAAUUUUUAAAGGAAGUGUUUUUUCUUUUUCUUUUUUUUUUUUUUUUUUUGUGAGGGUGUAAAGGAGGGACAGAAAAGUAACCACUUCUUAAGUGGGAUAUUCUCAUAAGCUACCUUUUUUAAGUGCCAUGUUUAUGACCUAAUCAUUCCAAGUUUUGCAUUGAUGUCUGACUGCCACUCCUUUCUUUCAAGGACAGUGUUUUUGUAGUAAAAUCACUGGUUUAUACAAAGCUUUAUUUAGGGGGUAAAGUUAAGCUGCUAAAACCCCAUGUUGGCUGCUGCUGUUGAAAUACUGUGCUUUGGGAGUAAAAAAAAAAAAAAAAAAAAAAAAAUUUCUUUGUCUUAAAGAAUUUUAAAAAAAUGAGUUAGUUAUGAGACUUAUUCAUCUUUCCAGGGAACAUAUUGCUCGGUCUUAAAGACUAGACAGUUAAGUACAUGGUGGCUGGAACAUCUAUUUUUCUACAAAACUGGAUGAAUGAACCCAGUUCUAGAAGAAUGUAUGACAAAAUAAAACGUGAAGCAGUGUUGAUUCUUUAUUGGGAGUACAUUUAUUUUAGGGCUUUUAAAACAUAUAUUUCACACAACAAAUUUUAAGUCAUAUAAAAGAGCAUAUCUGAACCUAGUGAAUUU